CGCGGCCGCGGCCUCCCGCGUGGGGCUGGGCCGGGCGGACACGGCCCCGCCGCCCGCAGCGGCUCCGGCUCCGGCACCUGCGCCCGGCGGGGCGGCCCGCAAUGGAAACGAACAACCAUUUUGGCUUCGCUGGCCUGCCCUCCGCCCCCACUGCCUCAGGACUGAAACCCACGCCCGCCUCAGGGGACAGCCUCUACGCCAAUGGCGCGCCCACCGCCUUCCCGCCGCCAGGGAAAGGUCUGAACGGGGACAUGAAUGUCAAUGGCUUAUCUACUGUAUCUCACACUAGUACUUCAGGGACCUUCAACUCGGCCACCCACUCCCCGGCCGCCCCCCCCCUGCACCCCUGCGACUAUCUCUGGAACUACUCGCAGUACCCGGCAUCUGGCGCCGGCGGCCUCAAGGACGGCCCCGGCCUUGGGCAGUACCCACUCAACGGACUGCUGAGUGGCGGGCGGCCCCCGUCACCCGGGCACAGUCCGGCCCUGCGGGGGGGAGCCGAGUUCUGGGGCAACGGGACACCCGGCUCCAUGGGGCUGAACUUCGACUCUCAAGAGCUGUACGACUCCUUCCCCGACCAGAGCUUCGAGCUCCUGCCCAACGGCCCGGGCAGCUUCUACACGGCCUCCCAGCCCUCCCCCAUGCUGGGCACCAGUGGCCAGGCCUUCUCGCCACCCCACUGCCCGCAGGAUGAUCCCGACACUGGCGCAGAGGGGGCACCAGCGGGGGGCAAGGACACACCGCCCGCUGUCUCAGAGAAUGGGGCCGGCCUGGUGGGGAGCCUGGAGCUGGAGGACACACAGGCAGACCUGAAGAUGUGCGGCUACAAUGGCUCAGCCCCGUCCAUGGAGCCACUCAGCCGGGAUGCCUCGGUCUUGGCGCCUGAUGCAGCCGGGGGCUGCCUGGGGGGCGCCUCCCCCAUGGGGGCCCCCCUGGAGGGAGCCCACAUGCUAAGUGAGGAGCCCCUGGAGCCUUUCGAGUCUCUGGCCAGAGGUAGGGGGCCCUGAGGGGGGGUCCCAUAGCUGCUGCAUUGGCCUGGUUCUACAGGGCUGAGACCCAGGCUGGGGUCCUAGGAGCUGGGGCAGGAAUGAGUGGGGUGCUCCCUCGCUGCCUCUCUUAUACCCCUGUGCUGCUGAAGCUCCUCCUCCUGGGAGGUGGGGCACAAAGCCCUCCCCCAAAGGGGUGGAGUUGCACCUGGGCUGCCUUAUUUAAAGGGCCGGUUCCCCUCCCCAGCCUAUUCCCUGAUCCCUCUCCCAGCCCAGGAGGAGGUGGCAGUUAGGUAGGUGAUUACUCAGACACAUUAGCAUAUUGUUAGCAUCUCAGCCAUUUUGGGAUUCCCCAGAGGAAGUGCAGCCGUUAACCCCUGCGGCGCCAACCACAUUCGAGGCAGCACGGGGAGCU